CUUGAUUGCAGAUUCACUGUUGGGACUCUUCAUGAUCUUGGUGAUUGAUCUCCGAUUUAAUUUUUCCAAAUAAUCUCAUCAGGAGAAGUUGCGGGGUCCCAAGUUUUGCACUUGCAUGGUUUGACAUCUAUCCAUUCUGCAUGUGUUUUCCCCCACAUCAGCACUUGAUUUCUAGAGGACAGGGUUAUGUUCCCUCUUACCCAUCCCUUUCUUUCUCAGGGUCAGUAGCAACAAAGUAAAGGUGCUAUGCUCAAGUAUGGAAGUAUAGCAAACAUCUGUAGUGACUGGAUUCAAGGUGUGGUCCAAUGAGGUACAAUGGUACCAUAGCCUCAGUGCGCUAUGGCACGCAGUAUCGCCAUUCUUUUACACUGGGGAGCCAUAGAAUGAAUUUACAUGUAGUGAGGACUUUCUGCUCUCCAGCAUCUAAGAGGCCUGAGACUAAGACUCCAGUGGAAAUGGUGGUGAAAAUCUUUCAUCAGCUAACAGAAGUUGGGAAAGUAAUGGGAAGAAACUCUCUCCAAAGACUCUCCACAACAGUCAAAAGCUGGUGGGACAGAUAUGAAGAGUUUGUUGGUCUUAAUGAAGUUCGAGGGGCUCAGGGAAAAGUAACCGAGGCUGAAAAGGUGUUCAUGGUAGCACGAGGAAUUGUACGAGAGGCGCGCGAGAACGUCGAAGCCCAGCAAAUCAAACUGAAGGAGGUUCGGGACCGUUUAGAUCGAGUCUCUCGGGAAGACAUUCAGUACUUAGAACUGGCUACCCUGGAACACAGAUUGCUGCAGGAAGAGAAGAGGUAUCGAGCUGCCUAUUUAAGCGCUGAAGAAUCUGAGCGGGAAAAAUUCUCUCUCUUCUCUGCAGCUGUGAGAGAAAGCCAUGAAAAAGAGCGAACGAGAACAGAACGAACAAAGAACUGGUCCAUUAUUGGUUCUGUAUUAGGGGCCGUUAUUGGUGUCCUUGGUUCCACCUAUAUAAACAGGGUAAGGCUGCAAGAAUUAAAAACUUUAGUCCUUGAAGCCCAAAAGGGGCCAAUAAGCCUACAGGAAGCCAUCAAAGAACAGGCCUCCAGCCACUAUUUACAGCAAAAGGACCUCAGUGACCUCAUCGUAGACCUGAGAAACAUGUUGCAGACUGGAGUGGGGACAUCAGAGGGAACUGAAGAGAGUGCUUUGGAAGUUAAAGAAGUCACUACUGCAUCAUUACAAAUAAAUUCUCUCUUAGCUUCUUUAAAAGAACAGCUAAACUACUCUAAACAAGUCAGUUCAUGCCUGGGAAGCUUACAGCAGCAGCUUAGCUGCCUCGAAGAAAAUUUAGGACAAAUGGUGUCGGAAGUACAAACUGUUAAACUUGCAGUGCGUUCUCAACCUGUGGAAAGAGUGCAGCCUGCCUCUUCAGCAGAAGGGAAGGGCCAGGCUUUUGGGGUAGAAGAUGUGAUUCUAGGAUUGUCUGAUACUGAGCACAGACUGCAGACCCAAAUCAAGAGAAAUUCAUUCUACAGUACUGCAGUAACCUGCACUGCAUUUGCCUUAACUCUUCCAGUACUGUAUGUUUUAUUCAAAGGAAAUUAAUCUCCAUUUAAACACUCUCUAAGCACUAAGAAUCACUGCUAGUCAAAAAUCUAUAUUAAAGUUUCUAAUCUUGCUUUCCCAAUUUUUGUGUAAGUCAUGCACUUGACCUGGAAACCUUUAAUCAUGCACUUCAUCCCCCCCAUGCACAAUACCUUUUUUUCUCCAGUACUGUAUUCAGUCUGAUUUACAAGUCUCAGGCAAAGAAUUUUCUACCGUUUCAUUUGCUGCACCCUCCUCCAGUGUAUUCUGUCAAUGUCAUUCUCACUUUUUGUGAUGUGCAGAUUAAAGCUUUUCCCCCUAACUUCUCAUUACUAAAUAUUACAGCUUUUGCCAUUUUUAUGUCUUCCCAUUCUUUUCAGCUUAUUUCUUAUUAUUUUUUCAGCUGCUCAAUACACAACAUUCUGUUGGUCCUUUUACCAGAGAAAUAGAAAAAUCUCCACAGAACAUUUUAUCCUCUGCAUUUUAGAUGCGUCUCAGUGAGUGGAGAAGGCAAAAAUGGGCUGAGAUAAGCUAUGGAUAAAUGAAUGUUACAGGGAUAUCAUCUGUAAUGCAAGACAUGCACACCUAGAGGAUGCAAUUAAAACUUUUUAUUGGUAAUGUAUUAAUGUCUGUUUAUUAUAUAGUAUCCAAAAAUAGACUUGGUGCUUCAUCCGUCUGACUAUGGAAAGUUCCCUGUCCCACCCCUGGGAUGAGAGAGAAGAUGCAGAAAUGCAAACACAGUUAAGAUGAUGCUUCUCCCUUAGCUUGUUUAAGCCUCUAGCCAUUUACUUUAGUUCUUACCCCCCUUACUGACUUGGCCCUUAGCUAUAGUUCCUAAACUGAUACAUAUUAGCAGCUCUUCUGCUCUUCUUGGCACAUGCUCUUUUUUUCUGUAUUUCUCAGCUGUUGACACACCUGGAAUACUCACCAGAGCCCUGAACAGAAGAUGGACAAACCACCAAACUGACAUGAGUGCACUCCAAGCUAAGAAACUUGUGUUUAAUUUACUGUUCCUUGUUCUCUUUCUUGCAUUGUUUUCUUCUUCCUAGUUAGUAUUAGUUUAUUCUUUACAAAAUGUGCUAGCUUGCAUUUUUCUUAUUUUAUUGCGUUCCCAUAUUUCUGUUCUCUCUGGGUCCUUUUCUGUUGUUUUUCUGUCCUUGCUAGGUCUCCUACACAUCCAGAUUGAGAAUGCAUAAAUAUAAUAUAAAAAAGUUUGCCCCAAAUGUGACUGAAGAUGUUAAGGAAGACCAGUUACAACACUGUUGCCUAGUCACCCAGUAGACAUCCUCUCCUUGUUCAGAAUCUCUCAUCUUUUGCUGCUUGGCAAGAGAAAGGUGAACAUUUGCUUCUUUUUUUUUUUGGAUUUUCUGAUAAGGUCCUGCAUGAACAACGAAGAAAAAUUACUAGAGGGAGAAAAGCAGUCUUUCAGCUGAAAAGCUUGUUAAGGAAUAUUGAUCGUAAACUCUGAGACUGCAAGCUUCUGGGGCAGGAACUAUUUCUUGUGACACGUUUGUUCAACAGGGCCACCGCACAUUAAUAAGUUGUUAGAUACUACUGUGUUGUGAAUAAUAAACCAUAAUUGAAUGUUGCUGCCUUUCGGAGAGGAAAAGCAAACAGUAAGAGUUUUAGGAGUUCUUCUUGAGAUCAUUGUUAUUUUACGUACUCAAUGUUUGGGAGGAAAACUGAGUAGGAAGUUGAGGGCAUGUGUUGAAUGAACUGUUUGGAUUGGUGGAAGGCACUGUAAGUUGUAGAGACCUUUGAAUGGAUUUAGUUGCAGCGAGCCACAAAUAUAAGUUACAUUUGCCUAAAUGAAAAACGUCUUUUUCUCAAUUCUUGCAAGUUUUCUUUGAUGGAGAAGUUUUAAGAAAGAUGUUUCCCAAAUGCAUCAUUUAAAACAAAAAAAUAAGAACACAGAGAUGCAUGUAGUAUGCAACAGACAAAGGAAUAGAAGAUACCUAAUUACAAUUCACUAAAAAUAAUCACCCUUAAUGAGAAUACUGAUCGGAAUGUUAACAUUUCAGUGCCCAAAGCGAGGCACCUAGAUAAGUAGCCAGAUCUGUCAAAGGAGCUAAACUGUAGGCAUUUGGCAUCUUUGAAAAUCAAAACACGUUUUGGGUAUCUGAAUAUGGAUAUAAAAUGCCUAUCUUUAGAUCAGCCUUUUUCAAACUUCUUGAGCUGAGCCCCCUUUUCAGUUACAAUUUUGUUCGUGCCCCCACACUGCCUGCCUCACCCCAGAGAAGCAGCACAGCCAGGCACAGGGUGCCCCUCAUCCUAGCAGCCGCUGUGGCUCAGCUUGGCGGGCUCCACCCACUGUGGCCCCCCCUGCACCCCGAUGCUCUGUGCCCACUAUGCUGGGCUGCUGGAGGCACAGUCACCAGCUGCCAGAGCCUGCCCAGGGCUCCAUGCCUCCAUAUCCCCCCACGAGGCUGCAGCGGCGCUGUCUUCUUGCAAACUUCUUGCCCGUGCCCCCCUGCCAACGUUCCUUCAUGUCCCACAGUUUGAAAGCCACUGCUUUGUCUGUCUAAACUUGAAAGCUUUGAUCAGUGUUCUGUUUUGCUUUUCUCCAAGUAGUUACCUGCAACUGAAAAGACCCAAACAAGCUCCAAAAAUGAGUAAAGGCAUAAGUGUUUCACACAGUAAGAGAUUUAUAAAAACAAAAUAAAUAACCAAACAAACUAGGAUCAUUUAACAGAGAAGAGAAUGGGCUUUUGUCAAGUAUCUGAAAUUACUGAAGUUAGUAGUUUUAACACUAACCCAGGUAAAAGAGCAAUGGGUCACUCAAUGAUAACACCAGCUUUUGGAAAUGGAGGGCCAGCAUUCGAGUAGCUCAAUAUUAUGGUAAAAUCUCUAGUAAUUUCCUAUCAAGGUGACACUAACUAAAUCUCAUGCUUUGGCUAACAACCUGAUCACAGGGUUUGAGAGGAUUCUGUCUUUUGGAUGCAGUAAAGUACAAUUUGGAAGAUGCAUCACAACAAUAAAUGAAUACCAAC